AAUCGCUCUCCGUACUGAUGCAUGCUGUGUAGCUUUUAAACAUUUUCACUGUUCCGUUUGUUAUGGAUGAAGUUGUUAGUUCGGCGUUCCCGGAACUAGAGGUUGAAACUACACUAUCCAGUGAGUUUAAACAGAAUAAACAGCACGGUGCGUGUGAAAGGAAAUACUACAGUUUCUGUCGGAGGAAGUCAUUUGCUCAGUUUGUGGCAUCCAAAAGAGAAGACCUUCCGAGGGAGGAGGGCUCGUGCUGGUGCUGCUGUGGUCAAACCUUCAAGGAACACUCGGCCAUUCACAAGCACGUCGCCAGAAGCCACCAUAAUGAAGUCCAGCAGCUCACACAGUCCACAUAUGAGAGUUUGGUGAGCCAGCUGGAGGAGAAACCUGAAGUGAAGUGCAAUGAACCUGUGGACAUCUCUUCAUGGAUACCAGACACCAGCAAAGUCCAUGAAGAGCAGCUCAAAAAGGGUCCGGGCAGAGUUCUUCUGUAUUACCACUACUGUCAGCUGGAAGACCCGCACCUCAUCAGUGCCUGGCAGAAGGCUUUGUGUGAACGGCUCCACCUGACAGGAAAGAUUCGCGUGGCAACGGAGGGGAUCAACGGAACGGUGGGUGGAACUAACGCUGCAACGGACGUGUACAUGGAGGCCAUGUGUUCACAUCCGCUGUUCAGGAUGGAGCGGGAGGAUUUUAAGAUGAGUGACGGUGGCACAGAGUGUUUCACUGAGCUGAGAGUCGGCGUCCACAAAGAAAUCGUCCCAAUGGGAGUUGAUCCAGAAGCCAUCUCCUACCAACUAGCAGGAACUCACCUGGAUCCUGAGGAGUUUCACAGAGAAGUGCAGGAGCUGUUGUCCAGAGCUGACUUGUGCAGCGACACGAUUCUGUUGGACUGUCGCAACUUUUAUGAAAGUAAAAUUGGACAGUUCACUCGCUGUCUAGCCCCCAACAUCCGUAAAUUCAGCUACUUCCCGGACUACGUGGAUCAAAACCUGGAGCUGUUUCGGGACAAGAAAGUUCUUAUGUACUGCACGGGAGGGAUCCGCUGCGAGCGAGGCUCCGCCUACCUGCGCUCCAAGGAAGUGUGUAAGGAAGUGUACCAAUUGAAAGGGGGGAUUCACAAGUACCUGGAACGUUACCCGGAAGGAUUCUUUCGCGGGAAACUGUUUGUCUUUGAUGAACGCUACGCCAUCAGUUCGAAUGAUGAUGUCAUCUCAGACUGCAGGUACUGCGGGCAGCCCUGGGACCAGUACCAGCUAUGUACCACCCAGUUCUGCUGCCAGCUGGUUCUGUCGUGUCCCUCUUGUCGACGUGACGGACAGACGGCCUGCUGCCCCACCUGCCUUGCUAAAGGACAGUCUCAGGCGGGCGGUGGUCCGCAGCAGAAGGAGGAGUGCGAGUGCACCGAUGGGCGACCCAGAAUCCCUCAGGAUGUCAAGUAGCUCGGCAAAGGUGGCAUUUUUAGUAGUGAAUCAUAAAACAGGUCUUAAAAUUUCCCUGGUUUUGUCAUGUAAUUUUAUUGUUCUAUACACUCAUCUCAUCAUUCAUUCAGUCCCUUCAUCGUAGUACAAAAAAUGUACUUUUACCCUGCCAUUAAAUAUAAAAUAUACACAUACAUAUUACAGGAUUUGGCUUGUAAUGUUUGCUCAAUAAGCGAUCACUAUAAAAGCACUGUAUUCAGAUGGUCACGCUGAGCUUGACUGUACGAGUUUAAGCUGUAAGUUGCAGUUUUGGUUCAUGUCAAUGUAUUGAAUCGAUAUGUUUCUUGGUCAUUUUAAAUCAAAAUUACUAGUUACUGUUUUAUGGUUAAUUUGAUGGUCUUGUUUUAGAAAAUAAAUAUUAGAAAAAAAGAUGCAUCUUGUGGAAAGUUGUAUGUAAAGCUUAAUAGACAGUUUUGAUGUAUAACAAUAUUUUUCUUGGAUAAUAAAACAGGACGUGCAAAGGUCUGAAAAGUCUAUGAAAACUAUGCUAUUGCACAUUUGCAGACCAGGUCAGACAGAAUGACAUUAACAAAAUGAAGAAACAGUGUGUGUA